CUUCAAGUUCAACAUUCACUGUGCAAUAUUCAAGCUCCAGAUCCAUAGCUUUUGGAACCUUGCAUCGUUUGCAAACCCACGUAGCUUCACCAAUAUUCCUGCGAUACCGGAUCAAUACAACAAUCAUUUCUAAACCUUCCUUUCCAAGCACAUAAUUAUUUUCUUUCUUUGGGAGCUACACUUCGUCUCUGAGAGACAUGUAUAGCUGUAUACGAUCUGCCCCUCGUUAUGCACCCUUAGGCAAUACUGCAUUCUGAAGACCCCCCUCCCCCAACGUCUCAUACGAUGAAUUCGUUGUGGUCGAGAGCUGCCGAAGAUGGCACUGAUGCAUCUAAGGGCCCGGUAGACGUGGCAGACACAGGAGUUGCUGAUGUUGGGCCUGUGAACACAACUGCAACGUCAGCCCGACAAUCUAUGCGACCUCCACUCCAGCGAAACCAACUACAACCUGCUCCUCAAGCGCAGCCUCCACCGACGAACAACCAACCUCCCGAUUCGCUCUCGCUAGCACAGCUAAGGCGCAUAGUAUCCGAAUUCCCUCGUACAGAAGCUGCUGCGUACGACUUCGAGUAUUCAGACACUGGACCGCAUGCCGAAGAGAUCGACGAGUGGUUUGUGUACCAAGAUUGUCAGUGGAAUCGGUUGAACUCGGCCCAAACAGCUUUCGACUGGCAGUGGGAGCAUGACAUCGCCGCAAGGCAAGAUGAAAUUACUUGGGAUGAGGCUGAUGAUGAGAUCAGAACAAUGUUCAUCCAUCAAGCCCUAGAUGGAGUCAAAGUUAGCGACGCCGGUACUCGCGCUGCUGCGAUAGGGCGGCUAACAUAUCUUAUUUUGGGUCGGUGGUCUGAUACUGCUGGCGCUCCCCCUGGCGACAGAACAAAGCUUCGAAAUGUUGCCUCUCCUACUCAACUGGCCGCUAUGAAGUCUAGUAUCAAGCUCAUCGCGGAAUGGGACGGUAUUCCAGUCAUCUGGACGGCUCUACGUAGUGCGUAUGAGAUAUUAUGGGUAGAUGAACCUUUACGGCCACAAGGCAGUAGCCUAGCGGAGGCACAGGACGAACUUAUGAACUUAAUGACUAUCAUGUAUAUGACUAUACAAGAAACGUUGAAUGAUCGAGAUGGCAUGGUGGAAGUAUACGAAAAGCUCCUAAAUUUACAACCCCAAUUGACGACCUUUAUGCUUACUGCCUCCGCCAAGUUGCGGUGGCAAGAAGCCAACAUUGUGCCUGCUUCUCAGACACUUUUGCUCCUGUGGAAAUCGAUUCUUCUUGAAUUUGGCGGCACUAAGGAGAUUGAAGAAACCAAAAAGGCCCUAAGAGAGACGGCUACGGAAGACAAAGACAAAGACACUAUUACGGCUACUCCUUUAGACUAUCACGUCUUUCGGCAGGAGAUUACUUCGAAAUAUCCUGCCUAUGUUCCCCCUCAGCCGGCCAUACCACUUGAAGCAGAUAAUACCUCUCUUCUACCCCCAUUGCCUAACCAUCCCACACGGAACAACGGAUCAAACGGCAUACUCCCCGCUCCUCCAGGUACGCAGAGUGGAGGGGCAUCGAUCUUGCAUCAACCCGUUCAUAUCGCUACUCCGGCGCCCUCUCCUCCACCAUCCCCUGCAGCCGGUGGGAAAGGAGGCAAAAAGCAAAAUUACCAAACAAACCAAAAUUUUCCAUUCAUGUAUCCCCCAUUGGACGCUACCAGUAACAGUGCAGGAGGCAAGGGUGGUGCAGGCCUGCAAGAUUUCCUCGUCGGUCGAAGAUGGGAAGGCAGUGACGUGCCAGCAUCCAUUCUUGAAGCCGGCGAGCUAUUUUCGAAACGAGUACGGAUGACCCGCGCCACGAGGCAAUUAUGGGAAGAGCGCGAAAGGUUUCAACGAUUCGAGAGAGGCUGGGACCCCUCGGAUGACGACAUUGAGGAUCUAGACCUAGAGAGUUUAUCUAUAGGCGACGAUGUCGAUGAUGAUAAACUCCUUGAAGCCAUCGAAAAGAGACAGAAGAAAGCUCGAGGAGUUGAAAUUGAUUAUGGCCCGGACCCAAAUGUCGAUUCCCAUGUUAGACGACGACUAGAAGCCAUUGAAAAUUUCUACUCCUCUGCUUUACCGCAACUACAGUCUCUAGUUAUCGUCCUUAUGAAGGGCGUGUUGUUCAACGUCACCGCGGCCGUCGUUUUGCCUAUGAAUAGCCAACAACAAUCCAUGCCUGGAACCCAACCUCGUAUUAAUGGUGGGCUUGCGACCAAUAGAUCACAAGACAGUUCGAUCGCGCUUAACAGUUCGGCAAAUCAUGAAGGGACCGAACCUUCUCAGGAAGACUUGGAUGCUACAAGAUGCCGAGAAAUCGAAUCGAAAGCAGCUACAGGCAUUAUGCUUCUGCUGAUGAAGUGGCUCAAAAUCUCGCACGUCUUGAAGUUUGAGUAUCUAUCUCAGCUACUAUUGGACUCCAAUUAUAUCCCUCUUGUCCUCAAACUCUUUGCGCACCAGGAUAUCCAGCAAGUAGUCGAUAGCAAAACUGACCGCCUCGACUACAGCUUUUUCCAGUUCUGCAACGAUCGCGCUCACCCGACGGACAAGGUGCAGACUGAGCCUGAACCAGCCGAGAUGGAUGUCCCAGGAGACGAAAGCGAGGACGAAUGCGCGCCGCCACCUAUUAGGCUACGGCGAUCACCGCCAGAACGAGUAGCCGUAGCCGAAGAGCACAACGACGCUGCAAACCACCAAUCUGAAGGUCAACCCCCCGCUCGUCCUGAAGUAGAUGAACUAGGCUAUCCAAUAAACCCUCUGCCGAAGGAGCCCAUUACGGAUUUCUCGCGCCGUAACUUUUUUGCUCUCAUCAACUAUCUGCGAAUUAUGCAGAAGAUUUGCAAGAAUAAGGCGCAUCGUAAUCUAUUACUGGUACAGUAUAAGUCGUCCAACUUUAUUCGCAAGUCCCUCAGGGUACCACAGAACGAGCUACGGCUUUAUACGCUCAAGCUUUUCAAAAACCAAGUUCCCUACUGUGGCCGUAAGUGGCGGCAGAGCAACAUGCGCGUCAUUACUGCCAUCUACCUACACUGCCGGCCAGAACUUCGGGAUGAGUGGUUAGCAGGCAGCGACGUGGACGCCGAAGUUGAAGAAGCGCUGCCACUGGAGCAAGCACUGCGAAGUCUGACUCAUUGGUUCAACGUCAGAAGAUAUCCAGACCAAAUGGCACCGGAUAUCAGGGAAGCAUUGCGUAACGAACAAGAUUUCUUCAAGCGCGAGCUCGAGAAGCUUGACGUAUGGGCUGAUGUCGGUCAAGUAGAGAAUGUCAAUGCCGAAUGGGACAAUCUUCCCAACUACGGUUGAACAUGAGUAUAUUGAGCAACUCGACAUGUCUCGGAAAGAGGUGGGGACAUCUUUGAUUGUCAACUACUGGCAGCAAGGCUGGCAACUAUUAGUGCAGUCUUCCGUUAGGUACUUGUAUUUAGGCAUCAUGAACAAGCGAUGGCACCCGAUUAAAAGCCAAAGUAUUAAUCCAGCAUACACUUCCGGCGCGAAACCAUGCCUAUCUAUGUACCUACCUAGUAUAGAGAGGACCUUAGAUCUUAGUGACAGACACCUGGCUUGGGUCGUGCA